UUCGAUGCUCUGCACUCCCAUGUCUGUGCGAACGAAUCAUUGAGGUUCCGGUCCGGGACUGGGUGGUGACCCCCACCCAGAAGAGAAAUGGAGAGUACUUCACCAUAAAAGCCCCACACUUGGAUGAAAGUCUGAGGCAAAAAGAUGAGAUAUCAGAUGAGUCUGAAGAUGAUGAUGUUGGACCAAGCUUCAGAAGUAUUCCCUACAUCGCCAGACCUCAUCCUGAACAGCAUAGUUACACAG